AAUCUGGCCCACUCUGGCAACACUUAUCUCCAUCCUGGUUCUCAAGGAUGAACCGCUAAUGGCUGCGGAGCUGAGGACUGCUAAGGCUGGCUACUGAGAUAUCCCGGUCGAGCCAUCCAUUGAAGUGUAACUGAAGCUGCUCUUGAUCGUAGUGGGGAUACGGAGCCAGAGAGGAGGUUCGUCGGCUCCUCCUCACCAUGUCGAAGAGCAAGAGCCCCGAGUCGGUGAAGGUGGUUGUCCGCUGUCGGCCCAUGAACGAGAAGGAACGGGCAACCAAGUUCGAGAGGGUCGUCACUGUGGAUGUUAAACUUGGCCAAAUUAUUGUCAGGAAUCCCAGAUUGGCCUCAGCCCACGAACACCCCAAGGUCUUUACCUUUGACUCGGUCUAUGAUUCAAACUCCAAACAGAUAGAUCUCUAUGAUGAAACCUUCAGGCAGCUGGUGGAUUCAGUUCUACUGGGGUUCAAUGGAACAAUCUUUGCCUAUGGGCAGACUGGCACGGGAAAGACCUACACUAUGGAGGGGGUUAGAAAUGACCCUGAGAGGAGGGGGGUUAUCCCCAAUUCCUUUGAACACAUCUUCACACACAUAUCACGCUCCCAGAACCAACAAUACCUAGUGAGAGCUUCCUAUCUUGAGAUCUACCAAGAGGAGAUAAGAGACUUGAUUUCCAAGGACCAGUCGCAUCGUCUUGAGCUGAAGGAGAGGCCCGACACUGGUGUGUAUGUCAAAGACCUCUCGUCGUUUGUUACCAAGAGCGCCGCGGAGAUCGAGCGCGUCAUGAUCCUGGGAAACCAGAACCGGUCAGUCGGGUCCACCAACAUGAACGAACACAGCUCGCGCUCCCACGCCAUCUUUGUCAUCACGGUCGAGUGCAGCGAGUUGGGCGUGGACGGGGAGAACCACAUCAGGGUGGGCAAGCUGAACCUGGUGGAUCUGGCGGGCAGCGAGAGGCAGGCCAAGACGGGCGCCCAGGGGGAGAGGCUGAAGGAGGCCACCAAGAUCAACCUGUCCCUCUCGGCGCUGGGGAACGUGAUCUCGGCGCUGGUGGACGGCCGGAGCUCCCACAUCCCCUACCGCGACUCCAAGCUCACCCGCCUGCUGCAGGACUCCCUCGGGGGCAACGCCCGCACCGUGAUGGUGGCCAACAUCGGGCCGGCGUGCUACAACGUGGAGGAGACGCUGACCACGCUGCGCUACUCCAACCGAGCCAAGAACAUCCGGAACAAGCCCCGCAUCAACGAGGACCCCAAGGACGCCCUGCUCAGGGAGUUCCAGGAGCAGAUCGCCCGGCUCAAGGAGCAGCUGGAGAGGCGCUCGGGGAAGAAGAAGAAGAGACGGCCCGGGAGGAGGGCCGGGGAGGGCGGUCACGAGGAAGACCUGGAGGACGGAGAGACGGACGACGAGGAGGAGGAGGGGGAGGAGGAGGAGGAGGAGGGAGAGGGUGGCGACCAGGGCGACUACUGGCGGGAGCAGCAGGAGAAACUGGAGGGCGAGAGGAAGGCCAUCAUGGAGGACCACAGCCUGGUGGCCGAGGAGAAACUGAGGCUGCUCAAGGAGAAGGAGAAGAAGAUGGAGGACUUGAAGAAGGAGAAGGAGGUUGGGGAGAUGCUGUCCGCCAAGGUCAAGGCCAUGGAGAGUAAACUCCUGGUGGGGGGUAAGAACAUUGUGGAUCACACCAACGAACAGCAGAGGAUCUUGGAGCAGAAGAGACAUGAGAUCGCUGAACAGAAACGGCGGGAGCGGGAGAUGCAACAGCAGGUGGAGAAUCGUGACGAGGAGACCCUGGAGCUAAAAGAGACAUACAGCUCUCUGCAGCAAGAAGUGGACAUCAAAACCAAGAAGCUCAAGAAGUUGUUUGCUAAGCUGCAGGCGGUGAAGGCCGAGAUCCAGGACGUACAGGAGGCUCACAUCAAGGAGCGGCAGGACCUGGAGCAGAGCCAGAACGAGCUGACUAGGGAACUCAAGCUCAAGCAUCUGAUCAUUGAAAACUUCAUCCCCAUGGAGGAGAAGAACAAGAUAGUAAGCAGAGCCUUCUUCGAUGAGGAGGACGACCACUGGAAAGUGAAGGCCAUCACACGGCUAGAGGACAACCACCAGAUGAUGUGCAGGCCUGUGUCAGCGGUGGGCUACAGGAGACCUCUUAGCCAGUACGCCCGUGUUGCCAUGGUGAUGAGGUCCGAGGCCCGGUACAAGGCUGAGAACCUCCUGAAGCUGGAGAUGGACCUGCCUGAGCGGACCACCAGGGACUACGAGGAGCCGGCCAUCGCCCCAAACGUGGCGGCGGCCCUGGAGGCGGCCCUCCGAGACGAGGACGAGAUCCAGGUGGACGCCUCGGGCUUCCACAGCAGCCUGGGGCUGACGGGAGGGGCCAGCCCCGCCAGCGCCGGAGGCAGCCUCAGGAAGCCCAAGUCAGGCCGAUCGAAAACGGGCAAGAAGUCGAGCGCCCCGACGUCUCCUUUCAGCCCGUCCAGCCCGGCGUCUCCUCUGUACCCCCAGUCCCGCGGCCUGGUGCCCAAAUGACCCCUUCACUAGUGGCACCCCCCCACCAACCCCACCGCCUGGAGGGAACGGGGGAUGGGAUCUGGGUCGGGCUGGUGUUUUAUUUGGAAUACCAUUUAUAAUCUUUAUUCCCUGAAGAAAAGAGUUUUGGUUCUGAUAACCAAAGAUUUCUUGAACAUUUAACAAAAAAACCAUGCUGCUGUUGUUUUUACCGAACCCUCCAAAGUCCCUCCACUGAUGGUUCUCUGGUUGUCUGGAGAUGGCUUAACCCUCCUGAGUUACUUAUUGGAUGCAUCCUCUGGCAAUGCACUUCCUCAACUUUAUAAAACUCAACCACACUGGCAUAGUUCUACUCUGAUAUGGGACAGAAUGCCACAAGUCUUGUUUCAAUAUUUAAAUGUGUGUGUGUGUGUGUGUGUGUGUACGUACCUGAAUGUUGAACUUCAUAGGUUUACAUCAUAUUGCGCUGUUCUCGUUACAUGUUUUGUAGUGGGGAAAUGUGUCUAUUUGUGUUUUUAUUCUGCUGAAGCACUAUGUGUAUCUGUAACGAGGGCAAAUGGCCAACUUGGUCAAGUGGCUGUAAUUGCUAAGGUGCUGGAAAAUGCUAGAGGGGGUUACUUCAAGAGUGCAGCACAUACACUACAUGUUUGUGUGUUGUUCUUGGAGCAGACAAAAUAAACGGAGUGAAAAAAUUUGCAAAGCUCCUCACCUGGAACGGGCCACAGAAACAUCAGGGUUACAAGGUGCCUUAACCCUCGUCCUUAAUCUCUGAGCCGCAAUUGUGCACUCUUACAUGUCUGCCAAGUGUAUACAAUUUUUUUAUAGUCCUUCAGUUGGAGAUAUUGCCAUUUCCAGAUCCCGUAAAUUCCACUACAUGAGUGCACACCCUGCCUGGUGGAGAAUAGAUGCUUAUUUAGGUUAUUUGGAACAUCUGAUUAGUCUCUGAACUGUAAUUGUACCAUCUGCCCUGUUAAGCACAGACCAUGGCAGCAAAAGGACCUCUAAAAGGUACCCAAGAAAUGCUUCCUGCCUGACUUCCAGGGCAAAGAACCACUCCUCUCUCUGACAACCGGUUACCUACUGGAGAGGAAAUCCACUUUUUUAAAAGAAGAAACCAUGCCCCUUCGGCGGGAGGCAUGGGCCUGCCCGCUUGCUGCUACUGCGUAUAUGGUUCUGCUUAUCCCACUGUGAGAGGCCUGGACCAACAGUAGCUGAGUCCACGUCUGGAGUGGAAUGGUUCCAUUCACUAAACAGAUGAGCUUCAACUAACUUCAAACGGUUUAUUAAAUGUAUUUAGAGAGAUUAAUCGACAAAUCUACAUUUAUUAUUAGGCAUAUUCUCAGUCACAUUUGAAUAUCAAAAGAACAGUAAUAAAUAGGUUUCAUGAAAGGAAAGAACCUAUUGCAACCUUUUGGACAUUCUUUUGUAUACAGAUGUAAAUACACAUUUUUAUUUAGUUAUUUCAGUUCUUAUAGACUUAUUUUUUUGGAAUUGUGUAAUUUAAAUGUUCUUUCACAAGACUUGUCUUAACUCAAGGUAGUCAUUUCUGCACCGUAAAUGGCUUUAGUCACAAGGAAGUCCUUCACUUGAUAUUUAUUGGGAAGUCAUAAUUCACUUUACCUCAGUGUGGCAAAGUUGUAUACCUGCUGCAUGAUUCUAGCCAGCUUGAUUUGUUAGGAAUUUGGAUUGUUUGAAUGUUAGGAAAUUAACUCCCCCAAAAAACACACGUGAAUAGUAUGUAUUCCACAGCCUCACCACAGAAAUUAAAACUUCAUAAAAGACUACAAUGACCAUCUUUUAGUAACUGACCAUGAUUCUGUGCAACAGAAAAUAUGCUGGUGCACCAAGAUCUGUCUAGUGCUGUCCUUUACUAUAGUGUUUCUGAUGAUUAAAGACAAUUAUAUCAAAGAC